GAAGAAGAAGAACAAGAGAAACUGUCCUGUAUGUCUCGGCAUUCAUAAAUUUCUGCCUUGUCUUCGCACGUGGUUAAGACAAAUAAAAUGACUGACGCUGGUUGUUGGGAGCCGGAUCGCAUCCCGCUGGACUUAUUGAUGCCUACAGACAAGACCUCUGGAAGAGGAGAUUCCUCCAACACCUUCUUCAUUGAGACAGUUUUCGGAAAGCACGUCCCUCGGUCUGUCUGUGUGAACCCUGAGCCCACCGUCAUUGUGUUUCCUGCAGAUGUUAAGCAGAUGCUGAUGGUUAAAGAAGAGAUCUCAGAAGACCAAAAACCUAAUGUGGACCUGCAUGACCGAAAGCCCUACCACAUAAAGGGGGAAGAGGAGAGAGUCUGCAUCAGUCAGGGGGAAGAGCUGCAAAAUGUGAAGGAGGAGAUAGAAAGUGCCAUAAAGAGUGAGGAUGAUAAACAGUCCCCUCUGCUCUCACAGCUUUGUCAAGACCAAAUAAAAGACAGAGAACCUCCAGAAGAUAACAAUGGAGGAGAAUCCAUCAAGACGGAAGAUCAUCAGAAUGGUUCCAGGUCCUUAGAAUGUGAAGACACCAAGAAGGUGGAAGAGGAUGAUGAUGUAGAACUGAAACACUUGUCAGACUCUGGACAGAAAACUAAAGUCAUAGACAGAGAUCCUGAGUCAGAUGGAAAACUUGUUAACAAACCAAAUUCAGAAAUAGGGUCUCCAGGGCUAAUGGAUAUUACGAAAUGUUUUACACAGAACAAAAAUGGUGGCUCACAAAGGAAGAUCAAAAUAGGAGAGAAGUUUAGUUGUGAAGUCUGUGGCAAAACAUUUAUUGAAAAACAGAAUUUAAACAUACACAUGAGAAUCCACACAGAAGAGAAUUUGUUUUACUGUCAUCUCUGUGGACAUAGAUUUACUGAUGAAUCAAGAUUAAACAAACACACAAGAAUCCACACAGGACAAAAGCCUUUCUGUUGUGACGUAUGUGGAAACAAAUUUAGCCGAAAAGCACAUUUACACUCACACAUGAGAAUGCACACGGGACAGAAACCUUUCUGUUGCGACCUCUGUGGACAUAGAUUUACUGAAAAAUCAAAUUUAAAUAGACACAAGAGAAUCCACGCAGGACAGAAAACCUUCUGUUGUGAUCUUUGUGGACAUAGAUUUAACCAAAAACAGCAUUUAAACACACAUAUGUUAAUCCACACAGGACAGAAACCUUUCUGUUGUGAAAUCUGUGGACAUGGCUUUAACCAGAAAUCUAGUUUAAACACACACAUGAGAACCCACACAGGACAGAAACCCUUCUGUUGUGAUAUCUGUGGACAUAAAUUUAGCCGAAAAGCACAUUUAAACACACACAUGAGAAUCCACACAGGACAGAAACCCUUUUGUUGUGAAGUUUGUGGAAACAAAUUUACUGAAAAAUCUAACUUAAAUAGACACAUGAGAAUCCAUGCAAGACAGAAAACUUUCUGUUGUGAUCUUUGUGGACAUAAAUUUAACCAAAAACAACACUUAAACACACAUAUGUUAAUUCACACAGGACAGAAGCCUUUCUGUUGUGAAAUCUGUGGACAUAGCUUUGACAAGAAAUCUAGUUUAAACGCACACAGGAGAAUCCACACAAGUCAGAAACCUUGCUGUUGUGAUGUCUGUGGACAUAAAUUUAGCCGAAAAGCACAUUUAAACACACACAUGAGAAUCCACACAGGACAGAAGCCCUUCAGUUGUGACGUUUGUGGACAUAAAUUCAGUGAUAAAUCAAAUCGAAAUAAACACAUGAGAAUCCACACAAGACAGAAAAUCUUAUUUUGUGAUCUUAAACGGGACAGAAACAUUUCUGCUGUGAUCUCUGUUGACACAAAUGUACUGGAGAUAGAAAGUGCCAUAAAGAGUGAGGAUGAUAAACAGCCCCCUCUGCUUUCACAGUUUUAUCAAGACCAAAAUAAAGACAGAGAACUUCCAGAAGAAAACGAUGGAGGAGAAUCCAUCAAGACGGAAGAUCAUCAAAAUGGUUCCAGGUCCUUAGAGUGUGAAGACAUCAAGAAAGAAGAAGAAGAGGACAAUGAUAUAGAGCUGAAACACUUGUCAGACUCUGGACUGAAAACUACAGGCAUGGACAGAGAUCCUGAGUCAGAUGGAGACCUAGUUAACAAACCAAAUUCAGAAAUGGGAUCUUCAGGGUUGAUGGAUAUGAAGAAGUGUUUUACAAUGAACAAAAAUGGUGACUCACAAAGGAAGGUCAAAACAGGAGAGAAGUUUAGCUGUGAAGACUGUGGCAAAACAUUUAUUAAAAAACACAAUUUAGACAUACACAUGAGAAUCCACACAGGAGAGACAUUUUUUUGCUGUCAUCUCUGUGGAUGUAGAUUUACUGAUGAAUCAAGAUUAAACAAACACACAAGAAUCCACACAGGACAGAAGCCUUUCUGUUGUGUUGCAUGUGGAAACAAAUUUAGCCGAAAAGCACAUUUAAACACACACACGAGUAUCCACACAGGACAGAAGCCCUUCUGUUGUGACAUUUGUGGACAUAAAUUUACUGAUCAAUCAAAUCGAAAUAAACACAUGAGAAUCCACACAAGACAGAAAAUCUUAUCUUGUGAUCUUAAACAGGACGGAAACCUUUCUGUUAUGAACUCUGUGGACACAAAUGUACUGGAGAUAGAAAGUGCCAUAAAGAGUGAGGAUGAUAAAUUGUGCCCUCUGCUUUCACAGUUUUAUCAAGACCAAAAUAAAGACAGAGAACUUCCAGAAGAAAACAAUGGAGGACAAUCCAUCAAGAUAGAAGAUCAUCAAAAUGGUUUGAGGUCUGUAGAGUGUGAAGACAUCAAGAAAGAUGAAGAGGACGAUGAUGUAGAGCUGAAACUCUUGUCAGACUCUGAACUGAAAACUACAGGCAUGGACAGAGAUCCUGAGUCAGAUGGAGACCUUGUUAACAAACCAAAAUCAGAAAUUGGGUCUUCAGGGUUGAUGGAUGUGAAGGAAUGUUUGACAGAGAACAAACAUUUUGACUCACAAAGGAAGGUCAAAACAGGAAACAAGUUUAGCUGUGAAGACUGUGGCAAAAUAUUUAUUAAAAAACACAAUUUAAACAUACACUUAAGAAUCCACACAGGACAGAAACCUUUCUGUUGUGAAAUUUGUGGACAUACAUUUAACCAAAAAUCUAAUUUAAACACACACAUGAGAAUCCACAAAGGAGAGAAAUCAUUUUGUUGUCAUCUCUGUGGACGUCGUUUUACUGAUGAAUCAAGAUUAAACACACACACAAGAAUCCACACUGGACAGAAACCCUUCUGUUGUGAUCUGUGUGGACAUAGAUUUAAUGAUAAAUCAAGUUUAAGCAAACACACAAAAAUCCACACAGGACAGAAGCCUUUCUGUUGUGACGUAUGUGGUAACAAAUUUAGCCGAAAAGCACAUUUAGACUCACACAUGAGAAUCCACACAGGACAGAAACCCUUCUGUUGUGACCUGUGUGGACAUAGAUUUACUGAAAAAUCAAGUUUAAAUAAACACAUGAGAAUCCACACAGGACAGAAAACUUUCUGUUGUGACGUCUGUGGACGUAGGUUUACUGAAAAAUCUAAUUUAAAUAAACACAUGAAAAUCCACACAGGACAGAAAGCUUUCUGUUGUGACGUCUGUAGACGUAGGUUUACUGAAAAAUCAAAUUUAACUAAACAUAUGAGAAUCCACAACGGACAGAAACCUUUUUGUUGUGAUCUUUGUGGACAUAAAUUUCGCCAAAAACAGCAUUUUGACAAACACAUGUUAAUCCACACAGGACAGAAGCCUUUCUGUUGUGAAACCUGUGGACACAGUUUUACUGACAAAUCAGUUUUCAAAAAACACAUGAGAAUCCACACAAGACAGAAAACCUUAUGUUAUGAUCUUAAACAGGACAGAAGACUUUCUCUUGUGAACUCUUUGGACACAGAUUUACCGAUAAAUAAACUUUCAAAAACUACAUAAGAAUCCACACAUGAUAGACAACUUUCUGUUGUGAUGUCAUUGGAAAUAGAUCUAGCUGUAAAUCUAGUUUUAUAACACACAUGAGAAUCUACACAGGAGAAAAAUCUGUUUAGUUGUAAAACGGGUAGUUUAUUAGCCCUUUUUAAGGUAAUCUUUUUUCACAUAUUUAAUCUACAGUGGUUUGCAAAAGUAUUCACACCCCUUGAACUUUUCCAUAUUUUGUUACAUCACAACUACAAACAGAUUUCUUUGGAAUUUAAUAUGAAAGACCAACACAGAGUUAUACAUUUGUGAAGUAGAAAGAAAAUUAUACGAUUCAACACGUUUUAUGUAUCAAAUACUCAAAAGUGCAAUUUGCGAGAGACCACUUUUCUCUAAGUGCAACUAAUUUCCAUUCAUUCAUUCAUUCAUUCGUUUUCUGACGCCCUUGUCCCUAGUAGGGUUGGGGGGUGCUGGUGCCUAUCUCCAGCACAACUAAUUGCCACUUACUGUGAAAUUUAAUGUCAGUAAAAAUACAGAUACUCUGUGAUGCCUCAGAGUUUGAUUAAGAGAAUAUUGGGGAACAAUCAGCAUCAUGAACUCCAAGGAACACACCAGACAUGUCAAGGAGAAAGUUGUGGAGACAUUUAGACUUAGACUAUAAAAAGAUUUCCCAAGCAAUGAACAUAUCUUGGAGCACUGUAAAAUCCAUAAUCCGAGUAUGGCACAACUGCAAACCUCCCAAGACAAGGCCGUCCACCGAAACGUUCAGGCUUAACAAGGAGAGCACUGAUCAGAGAUGUAGCCAAGAGGUGCAUGGAGAGUCUGGACCAAAAUCAGAGAUCCACAGCUCAAGUGGGGGAAACUGUUCGCAGGACAAUUAUUAGUCAUCACUGCACAAAAGUGAUCUUUAUGGAAGAGUGGCAAGAAUAAAGCGUUGUUAAAAGAAAACCAUAAGAAAUCCUGUUUGCAGUUUGCCAGAAGCCAUGUUGGACAACAAACAUGUGGAAGGAGCUUUGAUCAGACCAGAGCAAAGCUGAAUAAAAAUGGUAACAAAAGAUGAUUCCACAAAAUGUUGACUCAUGAUGGCUGAAUAUUAUUGGACACCGCACUUUUCAGUUUUUGGAAUCAUAUAUAGUUUUCUUCCAGCUUCACAAUUGUAUACCACUUUGUGUUGGACUUCACAUAAAAUUAAAUAUUUGUGGUUGUAAUGUGACAAAAUAUGAAAACGUUCAAAGGGUAUGAAUACAUUUGUAAGUUACUGUAACUGACUGUGAAGUAUUUAUGCUGGCCUAUCUUAUUCUUUAUUUUUUAGGGGGUUAUUGGGUGAGUUGGUGUCAUUGUCCAUUUAUCAUUUUCAUUAUAUUGAUUUUUGUUCUGUGUCCGUUCUGAUGAUUUUUAACUUGGUGUUUAGUGUUGAAGGAGUUUGAAAUGUUGGCAGUAGCCUACAGCCAAUUUUGGGGGGGAAUGUUUGUGGUUUGAAAAUAAUGCUUUAGGAAAAUACCUAUCAGUUGCAUUUGUAUUUAAAUGUCUGUCUUUUGUUUUUGCAAUACAUGUCUGUGAGAGAAUAGGAAAAGACCGUCUGCUCAGGAAGAAUGUAAAAACGAUGUCUCUCUUUAUUUGAUUAGAUUAAUUCUGGAAAGUGUUGGAAAUUUUAUCCUGUGCUUUUCAAGAGGGAACUGCUUUAAUGUUCUGUCAUGUUCAUAUGGUGAUUGUGUAAUGUUUGAAAACUAUAUUAGAGAAACAUGUAAUGUUAUACUGCCUCCUCCUUGCGAUGGUUAGAGUGGGUUGGCAUGUCAAAUUACAAUACUUCAUGGGGAAAUCCAGGAGAUGCCAUCAAAGAUGCACAAUAUAAAAAUAAUACAUAAAACUGUCUGUAUCUUUCUGCUUGAAUGAUUAUAUUUUGUUCUGUUUAGCUUGUUACAUAUUAUCUGAUAUAAACAUUUCUUUAAUCAUAA